AUGCCAUUCGAAGGGCCUCCAUACGGUCCUGGUGUGAGCAUCACUGGUGAUAUCAUCUUGAACGGCGCUUGGAACGUCCGCCGCUACAGCAAUGACUUUGAGAACGGCAAAGAGCGACUCUUGCUUGAUAGGUCCCGUAAUGUUCUUGUUCAGUCUGAGCACAGCGCACCCAGAGCCAAAGUUGGCCCUGCGGGAACUCAGGCGCCACCUUCAGGUGCUUCAGACUCGCGAAUAUUCCAGACCGACACAACUCAACAUCGUAAGGUAAAUGGACCGCCUCGCCUCAACCACCCAGACUUCAACAAUCACAAUGGUGUCGGCGCUCGUGCUGAGAGAAGAGAGAGUGAGGGUGGGAUUUCUCCGCGUGGUACCUCGCAACUGAGCCCACGUGGUGUCGAUGGCUCCGCCAUUGUAGUCAACAUCCGCCAGGCUGACGCUACACAAGCCAUGAACACGACGAACGAGCCUUCCGGGAAGCGCAAGAGUGGGCAUUCGCGGCAGACCGACAUUCCCACCGAACACGAGACUCUGAACAGAGUCGCUGGCCGUGUAACAGAAUCAGAUGGCGAUGAUUAUGGUAGGCAAAGUCCGACCAAACGUCCUCGCCUGUCUGGCCAUUUUGGAUCUUCUCACUUCCCAUCUGUCUCACCGUCACACGAGAACGACUUCGCAGAGGACGAAUUCGAUGAUCGAUCGUCCCUCCGCAGACCCAGUUCCCCCUUCGGUGACGAUACUGAAGCCAACACACUUCAGCCGGCAACCGACAUGACGGAGAUACUUGAAGCAGCCGGCGGUAGUGAGUCCAGCGGUGACAGAUCAGCGGAGAGGGAUACGAAGGAAGCUUUGCACCUGGAGGGUUUUCGGGCUGAUCGGGCGAGUGCAAAGGAUGGAAAAUUACCGAUAGGACGUUUGAGAAGCCAACGGAGGCCAUCGGGGGGCAUUCCCGAUUUGUCAGUAGAUAUCUCUGAGUUGUGGUAG